GUCACAUUGAGGGCCUGAACUUACAGUUGCCACAGAUGGUACAGAAUGUUGGCUUUUACAGCCAGCUCUCACACUCCACUCCUGUUUCCGCUUUUCUUACUUGCUGCUACUGCUGAACCCUUCUUUUUCAAAUUCAAGUUUUAAUUCUCAUCAUGGCUAUCACUCAGUUUCGGCUAUUUAAAGUUUGUACCUGCCUAGCAACAGUAUUCUCAUUCCUAAAAAGAUUAAUAUGCAGAUCUGGCAGAGGAAGGAAAUUAAGUGGAGACCAAAUAACUUUACCAACUACAGUUGAUUAUUCAUCAGUUCCUAAGCAGACAGAUGUGGAAGAGUGGACUUCCUGGGAUGAAGAUGCACCCACAAGUGUGAAGAUUGAAGGAGGGAAUGGGAAUGUGGCAACACAACAGAAUGCUUUGGAACAAAUGGAACCUGACUAUUUUAAGGACAUGACACCAACUAUACGGAAAACUCAGAAAAUCAUCAUUAAGAAGAGAGAACCAUUAAAUUUUGGCGUCCCAGAUGGUAGCACAGGUUUCUCCAGUAGAUUAGCUGCUACACAAGAUAUGCCUUUUAUUCACCAAUCUUCUGAAUUAGGUGACUUAGAUACCUGGCAAGAAAAUACCAAUGCAUGGGAAGAAGAAGAAGAUGCAGCCUGGCAAGCAGAAGAAGUUCUGAGGCAGCAGAAAAUAGCAGACAGAGAAAAGAGAGCAGCAGAACAACAGAGGAAGAAAAUGGAAAAGGAAGCACAGAGGCUAAUGAAGAAAGAACAAAAUAAAAUUGGUGUGAAACUUUCAUAACAAAUGUUCUUCAAAUGUCAUAGUGCCAGUAGGAGAAAUCUGAGCUCCACAACCCAGACAUCAUUUAUUUGGAUUUAAGAAUAUUUUCAGAAUACAAACACACUGCUUAAUUUCAGUGCAUUCAUCAGGCCAUCCAGGACACCAGAAUUCUCCCAAAGUACCUUGAACUCCUAGUAAUUAAGACUCAAAAGAACAAAAAGGACUUAUGAGACAAUAUUUUCUUCAACAUGCUCCAAAUAUAAGACAGUUGUUUGCUGUAGAGAAAUUAUUACGAAUGGAAUAUACCAGUACCUCUCAAGCUAGUGUUUCUAGCUAAAUUAAUGGUUGUAAAUAAUUUUAUGAUGGAAAAGAACUCUGCUAUUAUGCUUUCCUUCAAUGUGCAUAAUUAUAAAAUAAAUAAUUUUAAUAUUC